AUGCCCGGCCAACGGAUUCUGUGCGUUGCAGAAAAGCCCGCGAUCGCUAAGGCGGUCGCCCAGCAUCUUUCUGGUGGGAGAUUCACUACACAUUCAAUCACAGGCAACCAAUACGUGAAGAACUACGAGUUCACGUAUAAUUUCCAACAAUGGGGAGGAAACUGCACAGUGACGAUGACUAGCGUGCUGGGUCAUCUGACAGGCCUCGACUUUGACCAGCGGUACCGGGGUUGGACGUCCUGUCCUCCCAGUCAGCUUUUUGACGCCACCACGCACAUCACAGUCGCCAAAGACAAACAAUCCAUCGCCAACAACAUUCAAGCUAAGGCGAGAGGUGCUGCUAUUUUGUUCAUCUGGACCGAUUGUGAUCGUGAAGGCGAACAUAUCGGCGGUGAGGUACGGGAUCAGGCUAAGAAGGGGAACUCACGGAUUGUGGUCAAAAGGGCCAAGUUCAGUAACACCGAGAGAGCACAUGUCAUUCAAGCAGCCCAAACGCCGAUUGAAAUGGACGAGCGACAAGUGAGCGCCGUGUCGGCACGAAUCGAACUCGAUCUCCGGAUCGGCGCGGCAUUCACAAGGAUGCAGACCCUUGAGCUUCAACGUCUGAGCGAGAACCUCAAGGAUCAGACCAUAAGCUACGGCUCGUGUCAAUUCCCAACUCUCGGCUUCGUCGUCGACCGUUAUAACCGGGUCCGGAAUUUCAAACCCGAAACCUUCUGGCUCCUCAAACUGAUGCAUACCCGUGACCGCAUCAAAGUCAAUUUUAACUGGAAGCGUGGUCAUCUGUUUGACAGGGCCAUCGUCACUAUAAUCUUCGAGCAGUGCCUGGAUGCGAAAUAUGCGCAGGUGACAAAGGUACAGAAGAAACCGACUAAAAAUUGGAGGCCUCUCCCUCUCACCACAGUCGAGUUACAGAUGCAAGGCAGUCGCUUCCUCCGCCUGACUAGUGCCCAAGUCAUGGCCACGGCGGAAAAGCUUUAUACAAAGGGCUUCAUCAGCUAUCCUCGUACCGAGACUGACCAGUUUCCUCGCGAGUUUGACUUUCAAACACUGAUACAGCGACAGACGCAGGAUCACAGUUGGGGUCAGUUUGCACAGGGACUCUUGGACGGUGGGUUUCAAACACCACGUUCGGGCCCACACAACGACCAAGCUCAUCCACCUAUUCAUCCAGUAACCUACGCCGCGACGAACGGUAAUGCACUAGACGAACAUGAAAAAAAGGUCUAUGAGUUUGUCACUCGUCGGUAUCUUGCCUGCUGCUCUCAGGACGCAACGGGAGAGGCCACUGACGUUGAGUUGCUAUGGGGGACCGAGACAUUCUCCACUCACGGAUUACUGGUUUUGGAACGAAACUACCUUGAUGUGUAUCCCUACGACAAGUGGGAAAGUAGCCAACAAUUACCUGCAUUCACUGUCGGGGAAACGUUUGAACCGACAGAAGCAAACAUGACGGACGGGAAGACCACGGCACCAGGCUAUCUCACCGAACCAGAAUUGAUCGGUCUGAUGGAUGCCAACGGGAUUGGCACCGAUGCCACGAUGGCCGAACAUAUUUCCAAGAUCAAGGACCGCUCGUACGUCGAUACUCGACCUCGUGCUGGAGGUGGAGGUGGGCGGAAUACAGCAGUCCAAGAGUUCAUUCCCACCACGCUUGGAAUAGCUUUGAUCGAAGGUUAUGAUAAUGUGGGUCUCGACGUCAGCGUCAGCAAGCCAUUUCUUCGUAAGGAGAUGGAGCUGAAGAUGAAAGCGAUCUGCGAAGGACGACAGUCACGAAUGGAGGUGGUGCAAGCAAGCUUGGAUCAAUACCGAGACGUCUUUGUGAGGACCCAGCGAGACAUUGACGUGCUUAAGCGUUCUGUGACGAAAUACGUGGUUAACGGCGGACGAGCUUGA